AAUAGCGCCGUUGAGAUACGGGUGCCACUCUCCCUCCUCUCUCUCUUUCUCUCUCUCAAGGCUCUCUGUGUCCCUUAUCGUUACACACAAAAAAAGGAAAAAAAAUUUCUCUUCUCGUCUCUCCUUUUCUCCCACAGAUUUUCUUUCUGCAACCAAAUAGCAGCAGAAAGGUUGUUCUAAUCCAAAAUCUCCAUGGAAUCAUUGCACUCUACUAUCUCUUUCGAUCCAAAACCCUAACUCUCACUAACUGCCAAUCAAAUUUCAACCCUCUCCUCUCAGGCUAAUCUAGGUGCCGUGGAUUCUACUCGGCUGUUUCGUGAAGCUGCUAGUGCAGCAGCUUUUUCAAUCUUUUUUCAAAGGAAUUGCGUUUGGUGCGGCGCAGGUGGAAAAGAAUUGGCGGCGCAUGUGAUAUAGGUGGAUUAGACUAGGGUUAGGGUUUUUGUUUUGUUAGUUUCGAUGCCGCCAGAGCCAUUGCCGUGGGAUCGGAAGGACUUCUUUAAGGAGAGGAAGCACGAGAGGUCAGAGUCGACGUCUUCUUCUUUUGGUGGCGGGUCUACGCCGCGAUGGAGGGAAUUUCCUUUUUCUUCCGCGAAUAAUUAUGGAUCCCCUCGCGAUUUCAAUCGUUGGGGUCCCCACGACUUUCGCAGGCCUCCUGGUCAUGGUAAGCAGGGUGGUUGGCACAUGCUUGCUGAAGAAUCUGGUCAUGUGUUGUCACCUUAUAGGUUGAGUGACAAGAUGCUGGAAGAUGAGAAUUGCAGGCCUUUUUCGCGUGGAGAUGGAAGAUAUGGCCGGAACAAUAGGGAAAAUAGGGGGUAUGUCAGCCAGAGAGAUUGGAGAGGUGGUCAUUCAUGGGAAAUUAUCAAUGGGUCUCCGAAUAUGCCUGGGAGGCAGCAUGAUGUGAAUAAUGAUCAGAGGUCAGUUGAUGAAAUGCUAAUGUAUCCUCCCUCUCAUCCUGCUCAUUCUGACUUUGUUAACUCAUGGGAUCAGCAUCAAUUGAAAGACCAAGACGAUAAUAAUAAGAUGGGCGGUGUCGUUGGUUCGGGCACAAGCCAAAGAGGUGAUAGAGAGAUCCCACUUGAUUGGAAGCCUCUUAAAUGGACACGCUCUGGAAGCUUGUCUUCCCGAGGGUCUGGUUUCAGUCAUUCAAGUAGCUCGAAGAGCCUUGGGGGUGUAGAUUCAAAUGAAGGAAAGACUGAGUUGCAGCCAAAGAAUGCCACUCCAGUUCAAUCUCCAUCAGUGGAUGUUGCAGCCCGCGUUACUUCUGUAGCACUAUCUGAAGAGAUUUCUUCUAGGAAAAAGGCGCGCCUUGGAUGGGGUGAGGGGCUGGCAAAGUAUGAGAAGAAGAAAGUUGAAGGCCCAGAUGCAAGUGAGAACAAAGAUGGAGCUGCCGUUUCCGCUAGUAACAUGGAGUCCAUUCAUUUUCAAACUUCAAACUUGGCUGACAAGAGCCCCAGAGUUAUGGGCUUUUCAGAUUGUGCAUCUCCUGCAACGCCUUCCUCCGUUGCUUGUAGUUCCUCACCAGGUUUAGAGGAGAAAACUUUUCUGAAGUCAACAAAUGCUGAUAACAUUGCUAGUAACUUAUGUGGUUCACCUAGUGUUGGUUCUCAAAGCCAUAUUGAGGGAUUAUCUUUUAAUUUAGAGAAGAUGGAUGUUAGUUCUAUAGCUAAUCUGGGAUCUUCCCUUGCUGAAUUGCUUCAGUCUGAUGAUCCAAGUUCUAUGGACUCUGGUUUUGUGAGGUCUACUGCAAUGAAUAAGGUACUUGUAUGGAAAGGUGACAUUUCAAAGGCAUUGGAAUUGACGGAAUCUGAAAUUGAUUCUCUUGAAAAUGAACUUAAGUCCAUGAAAUUUGAAUAUGGAAGCAGGUGUCCCUGGCCUGCAGCAUCCAGUCCUCUGUUUGUGAGUGAUGUAAAACCUUGUAGUGUACAGGGGGUGGCCUCUAACACUGUCCCUCGACCUUCUCCCUUGCAAGUUGCAUCACGUGGGGAUGGAAUUGUGGAGAAGGUUCCUCUUUGCAAUGGUGGGCUGGAAGUUCAUGGUGAUGUUAAGGAUGAUGAUAUUGAUAGUCCUGGAACUGCUACAUCUAAGCUUGUUGAACCAGUUUGCUUGGUGAGGAUAGAUUCAUCGACCGUUGCUUUGGAAAAUGAUUUUGAUGGUAUUCAGUCUGCAAGGAUGGACUUGAAAGGCCCAGUUCCCUGUGCUGAUGAUGAAGAGACUGGUGUAUUAGCUUGCAAAGAUGAUGUAAUUUCUUCUGGUGAUGUGAUUUCAGAAACAAAUGGAGAAGAUAAUUUAUGUAGUUUAAUACUGGCUUCUAAUAAAGAAUCUGCUAGUGGAGCAUCUGAAGUAUUCAAUAAGUUAUUUCCUAGUGAUCAGUGUAAGUUUGAUUUUUCGUGUGUUACCAAUGGACCCUCUUGGCAGAGUGGUGACUUAGUUGUGGAAAAAAUUGCUAAAAAGAAACGGCUAUUAAGAUUUAAGGAGACAGUUGUAACCCUCAAGUUUAAAGCUUUUCAGCAUCUGUGGAAGGAAGAAAUGCGACUGCCUUCUAUAAGGAAGUAUCCUGCGAAGUCUCAGAAGAAAUGGGAACCAAGCUUGCGGACAACUCAUAUUGGGUAUCAAAAACAUCGUUCUUCUAUUCGUGCUCGAUUCUCUUCUCCUGCUGGAAAUUUGAGCCUGGUCCCUACAACAGAGAUCCUCAACUUCACAAGCAAGCUACUUUCAGAUUCUCAGGUCAAGCCAUACAGGAAUGCUUUGAAAAUGCCAGCUCUAAUUUUGGACAAGAAAGAGAAGAUGGGAUCACGGUUUAUCUCUAGUAAUGGAUUGGUUGAAGAUCCUUAUGCUGUUGAGAAGGAAAGAGCUAUGAUCAAUCCCUGGACUUCUGAUGAGAAAGAAAUUUUCAUGCAUAAGCUAGCGACUUUUGGGAAGGAUUUCCGAAAAAUUGCUUCCUUUCUUGAUCACAAGUCAACUGCAGACUGUGUUGAAUUCUACUACAAAAAUCACAAAUCUGAUUGUUUUGAAAAAACCAAGAAGAGUAAGCAAACUAAAUCUUCUACUAACUACUUGAUGGCAUCAAGUACAAAAUGGAAUCGUGAAUUGAACGCUGCUUCGCUUGAUAUUUUGGGUGUGGCUUCACGGAUUGCAGCUGAUGCUGACCAUGCUAUGAACAGUCAGCAGUUGUUCUCUGGGAGAAUCUUUUCCAGAGGCUAUUGUAAUUCUAAAAUAACAGAAGGUGAUGACGGUAUUUUAGAAAGAUCAAGCAGUUUUGAUGUUCUUGGGAAUGAAAGAGAGACUGUUGCUGCUGAUGUCUUGGGUUCACUGUCCUCAGAGGCCAUGGGUUCUUGUAUUACUACUUCUGUUGAUCUCAUGGAGGGCUAUCGAGAACAGAAGUGCCAAAAGGUGGAUUCUGUUGCAAAAGCACCUUUGAUAUCUGAUGUUAUGGAGAAUUUUGAUGAAGAAACCUGCUCAGAUGAGAGUUGUGGGGAGAUGGAUCCUACUGAUUGGACAGAUGAGGAAAAGUCCAUCUUUAUGCAAGCUGUGUCAUCAUAUGGCAAGGAUUUUGCAAUGAUCUCCCAAGUUGUCAGGACAAGAACUAGAGACCAGUGCAAGGUGUUUUUUAGCAAGGCUCGGAAGUGUCUUGGACUGGAUUUGAUGCAUCCUCCACCCAGAAAGUCCAGGACACCAGUUAGCGAUAAUGCAAAUGGAGGUGGGAGUGACACUGAAGAUGCUUGUGCCAUGGAGACUGGAUCAGCUAUCUGUAGUGAUAAGUUGGACUCUAAGAUUGACGAGGACUUGCCAUCGUCCAUCAUGAAUACAGAGCAUGGUGAAUCUGAUGCAGAGGAGAUGAUAGGAUUGCACGAGGACCUGAAUGGAACUGAAGGCAAUAAUGCAUGUGGGAUAUUAGAUAAGAAUGAUUCCAGGGUUGUAGAUGAAAUGGUUUCUGAUCCAUCCGAGGCAGGGCAGAGUGCUGAUAUAGCUUUCGAUGUUGACAGCAAAUUCAUGAAUACUGUUCAUCAGUCAGAGCCUGUACAGGCCCAGAAAUUGUUGAUUGCAUCAGCUAAUGCAGAAUCUGAAAGAGAUCAAGUAGCUGACAAGGGUGUUUCUGUUGUUGAAUCACUGUCUGUUGUAGGUGCAGUUGAUGUCAGCACAUCCAAUGCAAAUACUGCAAUUGAGUUGAAAGGUGUAGCUGAGGUCUCUGGUAAUGGAUUGCAAAAUGGUUUUACAGAGCAAGAACUUUUUUUACCUGAAAAUAGUUUGGGUAGUCCAAGUGGCUUGAUGCAAGAUUCAACCAGCAAUGCCUCACACCAUCCUGUACAUAUGGAUUCCUGUUCAGAAUUCAGCUGUAAUUUAGAAAAUAUGCAUCAAGUCUCUGUCCAGUUAGAAUCUGUGGAAAAGCCUCCUGUCAUCUCAUUGCCACAGGAAAAUAAUCUUGCUUUAACAAAUUCCAUCUUACAAGAUUCUGCUGUCAUCCAAUUUGAGAAAAGGCACAAACAGGAUACACUUCAGGAGAGCAGUAGAGAUAAGCAGGGUAAAAUAUCUGUUAGUGGAGAUGAUUACUUCCAGCAUCUGUUGGAUCAUCCUUUGUUGAACCAUAACGAAUCCUCCCAGAUCCCCCGGGGUUAUUCACUGCAAAUUCCUACAAAGAAAGAGAUGAAUGGGGUUAUUUCUGGUAGACUUCUUUCUGGAGCUCAAAGCCUUCCAAACUCAGAGCAGAAUGUCACCAGUCAGUCUGAAGCUCAGGAGUGCUAUCUUCAAAAGUGUAGCAGUUUGAAAGCUCAGCAUUCAGUGCCUGAGCUUCCAUUCAUAUCCCAACGGCGUGGACGUGGAAGUGAUAAUCUGAGAGAUCAUUUACGGAGCUCAUUAGAUGUGGAAAAGCCAUGUAGGAAUGGUGAUGUUAAACUGUUUGGUAAAAUACUAAGUAACCCCUUGCAAAAGCAGAAUUCUAGUGCUCAUGAGAAUGGUGAAAAAGAGGCCCAGCAUCUUAAACCAACAAGCAAGUCUGCAACUUUUAAAUUUACUGGCCAUCACCCUACAGAGGGUAACAUAACUCUCUCGAAGUGUGAUCCUAAUAAUCAGCCUGGCCUGGAGAAUGUUCCCAUGAGAAGCUAUGGUUUCUGGGACGGGAACAGAAUACAGACUGGGUUUCCAUCUAUGCCUGAUUCUGCUACUUUACUGGUCAAGUAUCCUGCUGCAUUUAGCAAUUACCAUGUGUCAUCAUCCAAAAUGCCCCAGCAGACAUUGCAAGCUGCUGUCAAGAGUAACGAGUGUAAUCUGAAUGGCAUUUCUGUUUUUCCUUCAAGGGAAAUAACUGGGAGCAAUGGAGUGGUGGACUAUCAAAUGUACAGAAGCCAUGACAGCACUGGAGUGCCGUCAUUUACUGUAGAUAUGAAGCAGCGGGAGGUUAUAUUAGCUGAGAUGCAAAGACUGAAUGGGCAGCAAACAAGGGGGAUGGCAGGGGUGAAUGUUGUUGGAAGAGGGGGGAUUCUUGUUGGGGGAGCUUGCACAGGUGUUUCAGAUCCUGUGGCAGCCAUUAAACGGCACUAUGCCAAAGCUGAUCAGUAUGGUGGGCAAAGUGGAAUUGUCUUCAGAGAAGAAGAAUCUUGGAGAGGUAAGGGGGACAUAGGCAGGUAGUAGGAGUGUUAAGAGGGCAUCUUUAGGACGUCCUCAGUGGCAAAUUCUUCCUUUGCCGCGCUUUGUAUCAUAGUUCCUGUAUUUUCAAUGGAAUGUUAGGGCAUUAGACGGUUUCUCAGUCCCAUCUUUUUGGUAAAGUUAUUUUAGGUGUCUGUAUUAUUGCAGCUAUUUGUUGUAUUUGAUGGAAAAUGCAAAAAUAAUUUGUUGUUGGUUA